AUGGAUGGACGAAUUCAAGAGGACGUAGAUAGUAUGGGUGGCGUAAUUAGUUCCGAUACCCACAUUGCGGAGAAUGUACCGCUACAAAGAUUCACUGGCACUGAUCCGAUCACUGACAUCGAUCCUUUCUGGAACAAUCUGCUAUCAUUUAAUCUGAAGAUUGAUGAUUACGAUACAGCCCAGGCGCGGGCAUUCGAUGAAUCGCUGAAUGAUUUUCUACAGUCGCUGAUGUAUAACACGCAAACAAGCGGAAACUUUGCGGCAUUCAUAAGAGUUUUUAUUCGACGGUCGACUGAACUCAAAACAUCGGAGCAGUAUGAAAACAAGAUUUUCCUGUGGCAAUCGUCUAAUGCCCUAAUUAUUUUGCGUUUCCUAACACAGCGAAUGACAGAAGCGGAAUUUGUCAAAGUAUUUGCCACUUCUGCAUCCGCUGCGUCGUCUUCCGUGGGUUCUUCUGAUGAAGAGGUAGAAGCGGACAAUGAUACGGAUUCUGAUUCGCAGUAUUCCAAUACGGCAGAGAAGCUUAUUGACAUUUUAAUAGAUAUUCUUGCUGAUUUGCCCGUUAAUGAUAAUACUAUGGCGAUUCAUGUAGAAGCAGUCAAGUGCCUCAUAACAAUGCUCAGUUCGCAGUUGUACAACGAUGCAGUUGCUAAUACUUCGGUUAUUUUCUCUUACUUCAUCAACGGUGCAUGUAGCAGGCAAGCUGCAGUUUUGACAAAAACUUUACUUCGAAAUUAUUUGAUCCACAAUAGCGAGUACCACCCACUUAAAAAGAAUGACGGAGGUAGUAUUGUCCUUGGAAUAGCAUCUUCAUUCUGGUCCAUAGUGCAAGCGGCGACGGGUGCAGAGGAAGUGCCAGAUGAAGUACAAGAAUAUCCAGUGCUACCUGUCAUUAAAAUUCUUCAUGAGGGCGUAGCUUCAUUAUCGUCUAAUUCUCACCAUAUGUAUCUCGCUCUGAUUGUCAUGCUGAUCCUCAGCGAAGACGACUUCUUCUGCAAAAUAAUCCAUGAAACGACAAUACGGGAUGUUGAUUGGCUCGAAGUUGAUCGCCCCGUACGGGAGAUAUCUCUAGGCGGCAUAUGUGUGAUGGUGUUUGUGCGGACUAUCCAUAAGAACGCUAUUCGAAUGCGAGACCGCUACUUGCAUACAAACUGUUUGGCCGCCCUUGCAAACAUGUCGGCAUACUUUAAAAACCUCUCUCCGGUGGUAUGUCAGAAGAUGAUCGCACUCCUUGAGUUGCUGACCAAGCGCCACGUGAAGAUGGUGGAGCAUAUGCGGCUAAACUCUGAACGUGAAUCUACGGAUGGGCAGUCACUCAGCUAUCAUGACGAUGUUACUGCACUAGAGGAAGGAAUUCGAACCUUAUUAGAGAUAAUUAAUAGUGCUCUCUGUGGAAAUCUUCGCAACAACCCACACCUCAUUUAUACACUUCUCUAUCAUCGGAGCCUUUUUGAUUCUUAUCAACACCACCCUAUGUUUCAGGAUCUCCUCGCGAAUAUCACUCUCGUCAUCUCGCACUUCUCGUCUAAAGUUGUGAAUGUUAGGGCUGGAGAUGGAAAUGCAAUGAUGGAAGUUAUUGAGAAAGAAGCUCUUGUUUUGCCAACAGAUCGAUUAGCCAAGUUUCCUGAACUACGGUUUAGAUAUGUGGAAGACGAGAACACGGUAGACUUCUUUGUGCCAUAUGUCUGGCGUCUGACCAUACAACAUUCCACCAUUCCUUUCGAGAGCGCCAGGGUGAAGCUUUUCAACGCUCGUGUGAUCAGUGCUACCAGUUGA